GUCUGGGGAGGGCACCUGCAACCUGUACCACCUGAAUGUGACUCUCCAUAGUACCUUGGAAGAUAAUAAAAAGGGGGAAGAGACCUUCCAGCUCCAGAUAGAGACAAGGUCCCAGGGAAAUCAAGAGGCCACAAUGAGCAUCAUAGAGGUCUCCCUGCUCACCGGCUUCUACCCCAACCAGAAUGACCUCAAACAGCUUUGUGAUGGUGAUGUGGAGAUGUAUGCCUUCCAGUAUGAGACCAAGAUGAAUUCCAGUGACAACACUGUUGUCCUCUACCUGGAGAAGCUUUCCCACAAGGAAGACACAGUGCUGGGCUUCCGGGUCCACAGGAUGCUGCAGGUGGAGUUCCUGCAGGCCGCUCAGGUCACCAUAUAUGACUACUAUGAGCCUUGUAAGCACGGGUAG